AUGACGGAGCUUGCUCGUACUCUGCCAGCAUCUUGGUACUGCAGUCCUCCGCUCUAUCAGUUGGAGCGCAGGGCCGUCUUCUUGAAGUCUUGGUACCUUCUUGGGCCGGUGACUCGAUUUCAAAAUGUUGGAGAAAAGGUCGAGUACGAAGUAGCUCAGCAGCCAAUCUUGGCCUUUCGUGUCUCUGGGGACGCUCCUUUCCCUGCAGCAGAUGAGAUUCAGGUCAUUUGCGCCAAAACCGAAAGGCCCCUGCGCUGCCAUGUCACCCCCACUGGCCUUGUAUUUGCGACUUUAUCGGACGAGGCCCCGAGUUUCCAGGAAUAUUUCCCCGAACUGGAGCCACUCCUGCAGAAAGUGGACUUCACUCAGCGGCCCUACCGACGCAGCAUCAAAUAUGAAGGACACUUCAAUUGGAAGACAAUGGUCGAUGGCUACCAAGAAUGCCUGCACUGCCAGUACACGCAUCCAUCGUUUUCCGUUUACUAUCCGCCAACAUUCUACACAGUUCACAACCACCAGAACUUCUCGCAGCAUAUUGCGGAUCCCAAGAAACCGGAUGACGGGCUAUUCCUCUAUUUCUUCCCGAAUUGCACCUUGAAUGUAUAUGGAGGCGGUAUGUCCUCGUUCCGAGUGUGUCCAACGGAAGAUCCAAACGUCACCCGGAUGGAGUUCGACUACUACCACGUGGAAUCCGGCGAUAAGUUUGAGGAGUAUUUCAAAUUCGUCCGACAGGUGGCCCAGGAGGAUUACGAGCUUUGCGAGAGAGCGCAACAUAACCUCGAAAAGGGGGUGUAUAGCGAAGGAAUCUUGAAUCCGGAGAAGGAAAAUGGCGUUUCCUUCUACCAAGACCGUGUCUUCGAGUUGAUCGUGCCUAAGCCUUCCGUUCCCCCGAACUUCAACAUGGACUCCCUAACUUCCGUGGUCCCCGUAGCACCGACUCCAGUGCUAGUUGCGUUCCUGGCGGGAUUCAUUUUCCUAUAUCGGGCCUGGCCAUACCUUUCGAUCCGAGACAAGCAGCCACUACCUGUCGAUCGUGAACCGAAGCCGCUCGAUACAGAUGCAGAUGCAGCCGCAGCCGCAGCCCCCGUGGGGGAACACGGCGAAGUAGGCGUCGUUUCCAAGGAGUCAGAGUUCCCUGCAGACUGGUGGGUAGGGAAGGAGACCUACGAGCUCGAGCGACGUGCGCUGUUCAGUAAAACAUGGAUAUGCCUAUCGCAUCGCAGCCGGUUCGCCAAAUCAGGAGACUACCAGUCCUUCCAGGUAGCCGGGUUUCCGAUCUUCUUGGUGCGAGGAAAAGACGGGGGGAUUAGAGCAUUUCACAAUGUCUGUCGUCAUCGAGCAUACACGGUCGUUGAGAAGGAGUGCGGGUCGUCGCCGGUCCUCCUGUGUCGAUAUCAUGGCUGGAGUUACAACACGCUGGGAAACCUCAUCAAGGCGCCUCAUUUUGAUCACGUUCCCGGGUUUCAGAAGUCGCAGAAUAGUCUUUUUGAGAUCCACACUGUGAUGAGCGAUGAUGGAUUUGUGUUUGUGAAUUUUGAUGCCACUCCGACGGUGUCUGCGCCCGAGACUCGCGCUUUGGAUGCCUUCGUGCAGAGAAAUGGCAUUCGGUCCCAGUCCAGCUGGGUGACAGGACGGACGAUUGAGGGCGAAUUCAAUUGGAAAAUGGCUCUUACAUCCGGAGAAUUCCUCAAUACUGCCAGCUUAGAGAGCGAGAUUCGAAAGCAAAGCGUCAUACCCCUAAUAGCACACCUGAUGUCAUAUUUCCAAAAAGCCUCAGAGGAUUGUACGGUUUUUCCAAUAACCUCUUUGCAUACUAUCCAAGGCACGGGAUGCUGGUAUUCGCUGAACCUUUUUCCGGUUUCUGAAUCCAGGACGGCUCUUCGAUAUGAUAUCUACUGCAAUCAGGCUAGCCCUAGUUCUGAAACAACCUCAGCGACGCUCGGGCGUCUUCUAACUGAGAAGAUACACGAGUUAGAGGUGCAAUAUCGGACCUAUGUUUCUGGGAGCGAAACCUCUAUGUCCAUGAAGUGCAGUCUGAGCUCAGGUACCUUCUCAUCAAUUCAUGAUUUACCCCAAAACAUUUAUAUUGACAGAUCUGGAUUGGCAGAGACUCAAAAACAUAUUCUCUACCGCCUCCAGUCACAUAUGAGGUUGGAAAAGCUACAAGGGGCCGAGAUAUACCCAACUACUCGAAAACCAAGAGAGAAUUCGAGGUUCCAACAGGCAGAGCAACUGUGCAAAGAACUCGACUGCCAGAGCGACUUGAAACGGAAAGAACUUUCCUGGUGA